AUGACCCCGCCAUCAAACGGCCAAGCUGCCGAGACCAAUGAUCAUCUCGUCCAGUCUGAUAACCCAGAGCACCCGGCGAACCUGAUCCCCUCGCUCUGCGCCAAGUUUUGGACACUCGGCUGGGUCACUGGCACUGGGGGAGGCGCCUCGAUCCGCGAAGAUGACCUCGUCUACAUCGCGCCCUCGGGUGUUCAGAAGGAGUUGAUGAAAGCCUCCGACAUUUACGUACUCUCCCUCGCAGCCCAAGCGCAAUCCCUCGACAGGCGAAACCGGGUCUACCUGCGCAGCCCGCCGAGCUACAAGCCGAGCCAGUGCACCCCCUUGUUUCUAGCGGCCUUCACGAAGCGGCGCGCGGGCUGCUGCAUCCACACGCACUCGCACUGGGCGGUGUUGGUGACGCUGAUCCUCGAGACGCAGGGCGCUGGGAAGGACCGCGAGUUCCGCAUCAACAACAUCGAGCAGAUCAAGGGAUUCGGCAAGGGGUUUGAAAAGAGCGGGAAUCUAGGGUACCACGAUACGCUGGUGAUUCCGGUGAUUGAGAACACCGCGCAUGAAGAGGACUUGACCGAGUUCCUCGAGGAAGCGAUGGAUAAGUAUCCCGACACCUACGCCGUGUUGGUAAGGCGGCAUGGCGUGUAUGUGUGGGGUGACAAUGUGCACAAGGCCAAGACGCAGUGCGAGAGCCUCGACUAUCUUUUCCAGCUGGCGGUCGAGAUGAAGCAGCUUAACCUGCCCUGGAUAACCGACAUCGAGCCAGUGACGCCACGGAAGUCGUAG